ACGAAUCGAGCUUCAAACACGGACAAAGUCGGUGGUAAGAUACUGUACGAAGCGAACAGAAAGAGUUGGCUGCCAGUUUUUAAAGCUUCCAGCUUUAUCGAUCGUGAGAGAUGAAGGGCAAUUUUGUCACUUUGAAGGAACCGCCGCGCUGGCCGCUUCACGACCAACUGGCGGAAUUUAAGCGGCCCAAUUGAUCCAGUACCAAUAAUGGUUCGUUUUCUAACAAAAUCACCGCAAAGUGACGAAAAGGGGACAAAAAAACAACGCAGAGAAGAGUAUUUUGGUAAUUUCGGAAAUUUUAACUUUGAGAGGGGUGGGGCCAUGAAGCCGUGACCGUCUCUGUUUCUUCCCAACACAGUGGGUCCCUUUCUCCCCUCUCCCUCCAUCAUCCCUUUGUUUUGAACGAAAUCCAAUUCCGACACCGAAAAUUAGCACUGUAACUGCGCCUGUUUUCUAUUUUAAUUCAUUGCUUUAAAAUUUUUUUAAAACAAGCCAAACUCAAAAGAGUAAAAAAAUAAAGAAAACAAGUGAUGGCUUCCGGUGCUAAUAGAAAUGGUAUGCACAAGGGAACAGUUAAGCCUCCCAGUGCAGCAAAUUCAUCAAAUCUCAAGUCAUCUUCGUUCAAAUCAAGACUGCCUCCUUCAAAUCAGUCUCCAGGAUCUGCUCUUCGCCGGACCAACUCCGCUUCUUUCACCGCCGCAGCCAGAGACGACGGAGUGCCAGGAAGAGUUCGAGUAGCCGUUAGAUUACGGCCGCGAAAUGCGGAAGAGUUGGUUGCAGACGCAGAUUUUGCCGAUUGCGUUGAAUUACAACCUGAGCUUAAGAGGCUUAAACUUAGGAAGAACAAUUGGGAUUCAGAAACAUACGAGUUUGAUGAAGUGCUUACCGAAUUCGCUUCGCAGAAACGUGUCUAUGAAGUUGUUGCUAAGCCUGUUGUAGAGAGUGUUCUGGAUGGUUACAAUGGGACUGUUAUGGCUUAUGGGCAGACUGGAACUGGGAAAACUUUUACUCUCGGACGAUUGGGUGAGGAAGAUACCUCUGCUCGUGGAAUAAUGGUGCGCUCAAUGGAGGAGAUUUUAGCAAAUGUUUCUCUGGAAACAGAUUCUGUCACUGUUUCAUAUUUGCAGCUUUACAUGGAGGCUAUCCAGGAUCUCCUUGAUCCGGCAAAUGAUAAUAUUUCCAUAGUGGAAGAUCCCAAAACUGGAGAUGUUUCUUUACCAGGGGCAACUCAUGUAGAAAUUAGGGAUGAGCAUAGUUUUUUGGAGCUGUUGAGAUUAGGGGAAGCUCAUCGAAUCGCGGCAAAUACAAAGUUGAAUACUGAAUCUUCUCGCAGUCAUGCUAUUUUGAUGGUACAUGUUAAGAGAUCAGUUUUGGGAGCGGAAGAUGCAAUUCCAAGUGAAAUAGACAAGUCUUCUCACUUUGUAAAACCUCCAAAGCCUCUUGUCCGGAAAAGCAAGCUGGUUUUGGUAGAUUUGGCAGGUUCAGAACGUAUUCACAAGUCAGGAAGUGAGGGACACAUGUUGGAGGAAGCUAAGUCUAUUAACCUUUCACUGAGUGCUUUGGGGAAGUGCAUUAACGCUUUAGCAGAGAAUAGUGCUCAUGUGCCAGUUCGUGAUUCAAAACUUACAAGGCUGCUCAGAGAUUCAUUUGGAGGCACUGCCAGAACCUCACUAAUUGUGACCAUUGGCCCCUCCCCACGGCAUCGAGGAGAGACUGCUAGUACAAUAUUGUUUGGCCAAAGGGCUAUGAAAGUGGAGAACAUGCUGAGAAUAAAGGAAGAGUUUGAUUAUAAGAGCUUGGCUAGAAGGCUCGAAAUACAGCUGGACAAGCUCAUUGCAGAAAAUGAAAGGCAACAGAAAGCUUUUGAUGAUGAAGUUGAAAGAAUAAACUUAGAAGCACAAAACCGUGUUUCUGAGGUUGAGAGAGAUUUCACAGAUGCGUUAGAGAAGGAGCGGCUAAAGUGCCAGAUGGAAUAUAUGGAAUCAGUUAAGAAGCUUGAGGAAAAGAUGAUAGAAAAUCAAAGAAAGCAUGGAUGCGAUGGCUUCAUGAACGAUAAAUGUAAUGGGAAGGGGCCUGGUUUUUCCAUUGCUGAGGAUGUUGCUGAGGUCAAAAAGCUGCUUGAGAAAGAAAUUAAUAUGAGAAAGGAAGCUGAAGAGGAGGUAAACAAACUUAAAAGUCAAUUACGGCAGUGCACAGAUUCAGGGGCAGGUGGAGCUGCUGAAAUAUUAAAGCUCCAAAAAGCUCUGGAGGAUGAGGGUCAUCAAAAAAAGAAGCUUGAAGAAGAAAUAAUAAUACUAAGAAGUCAGAUGUUACAACUGACUUUUGAAGCUGAGCAGAUGAGAAGGUGUCUUGGAAGAGGUGGAUCUGGAAAUGCUUAUACUGGUCUAGAUUCUCCCAUGUCUCAAGUUAGGGACUCUUUAAAUGGACAUAAGACACCAGUUGCUGCACUAUUCGAACAAGUUGGACUGCAAAAGAUCUUGGCUUUGCUUGAGUCAGAAGAUCCCAAUGUACGCAUUCAUGCCGUAAAAGUAGUGGCCAACCUAGCAGCUGAAGAAGCAAACCAGGAAAGGAUUGUUGAAGCUGGUGGUCUUACUUCCUUGCUGAUGCUUCUCAGAAGCUAUGAGGAUGAAACUGUUCACAGAGUAGCAGCAGGUGCAAUUGCCAAUCUUGCGAUGAAUGAAGCCAAUCAAGAACUCAUAAUGGUACAAGGGGGAAUCAGUUUGUUGUCUAUGACAGCAUCUGAUGCUGAGGAUCCUCAGACUCUACGCAUGGUUGCUGGAGCUAUAGCUAACCUAUGUGGCAAUGAUAAGCUACAAUCGAAGCUGAGGUCUGAAGGUGGAAUUAAGGCCCUGCUGGGAAUGGUGAGAUGCGGACAUCUAGAUGUUCUUUCCCAAGUUGCACGUGGAAUUGCCAAUUUUGCAAAAUGCGAAUCCCGCGCAUCUACUAAUGGUAUAAAAAGUGGGAGAUCACUUCUUAUUGAUGAUGGUGCACUUCCAUGGAUUGUGCAAAAUGCUAAUAAUGAUUCUGCACCCAUUAGGCGACACAUUGAGCUUGCCCUAUGCCAUUUGGCGCAGCAUGAAGUUAAUGCAAAGGACAUGAUAUGUGGAGGUGCCCUCUGGGAGCUGGUUCGUAUAUCACAGGACUGUUCUCGAGAGGACAUCAGGAGUCUUGCUCGUCGAACUUUGAAUUCGAGCCCCGUAUUUCGAGCUGAAAUGCGACGGCUAAGGAUAGAGUUGUGAUCUAGUCAAAAGUUCGAUGUAGGGAUAUGCGUAAAAUCUCGCCACUGUAUAGGCUAAGGUUGAGAGUAUUUAUACCCUUAGCUGAAAGAUCAUCAAGGGGGCACUUGGUUCCGCACAAUUUUUAUUUCGAAGGAAAUGUGCAGUGGGUUUGUAAUAUAUGUUUUCUAGUUUCUUCAUUGAGCUUUUAGCAUAUCUGUAGGUAAAUGCAGAAAAAACCGAAAAGGGUGGGAUCCUUGAAGAAAAAUUUUGUAGGUGAUUGAGUUGAGUGAGUCAAAUUUUCAUUUUCUUCAUAUAUUUGCUUUUCUAAUAGAAGUGGGAUUCACUCCUUACGUAUUCACUACUUGUAUAAUGAAACUGAGUUAUAUAUAGUAGCAACGAAAUUCUUCGUUCGUUA